GUAACCCUUGGGAUCCCUCUUUUUCUCAUCAGCAUUUCUUUCCCAACUCUGCCUGGAAGUUUUACAUCUAAGAUUCCCACCCACUGGAGACUUGAACUUCUUUAUAAAAUUGCGACAGUUUCCUAGAAUGUGUCUAGAAUAAUUCUGAUCUUGAGUUCAUCGUUUUGGAUUCCCCGAGUACAAUUAUAACGAAAUCAAGAUAUAUACCUCAAAUGAAGUUUCAAAUUACAGUUCUCUCAUCUCUUGUCCUCCUUCUCUCCGAGUCCGCCUCAGCGGUCACCUUGUCACACCCGCUUCCUGCUUCUACUCUCAGUACUGUUUUUGUUUCAUCAACUGCUUCUUUCGCACCUUCUGAUGGAGGAAGUGGGUAUAGCACCGGUGAGGAGCCGAUUGGUUUCAAGGUCCUUGUAGAUGAAAGUGAUAAAGAUGCCAAACCAAUUGCUUUCAUCCCCAUUUAUGAGAAUGAUACCACAUCCGAGGAUCUCGAUAUUCUCUCCAAGAGAGAUCCCGAAGCUGCAGCCUGGAGAUGGCACAAAUGGGUUCCAAACCAAGCCAUCUAUAAAAGGGAAGCCGUAGCUGAAGCAGCGGCAGAUGCUUUUGCCAAAUACCACCAGUACUUCAAAAACAUUGGCGUUUUCAAAAGAGACGCCGAGGCUGAUGCCAACGCCAAAGCCAGUGCCUGGAGGUGGCACAAAUGGGUACCUAACCAGGCGAUUUACUAAAUUGCACCACCUUUCUGUUGCACUCUCAAGAUAUCUCUCUUUUUACAUACAUAAGUAGCUUCUAAACACCCAUGCCCAACCUUUUCUGUAUUCAGGUAUCUACUCAACAAGCUUGAUA